UAUAGGUAUAUAUUAGAAGUAUUUUUAGUAUAUAUAUUAGGAGUAAAAAAUGGAGGGCAGAAUCAAUGCAAUUGCAAUUGAUGACAGUAUAACAAGUGAACGUGCGUUUUCGUGGUACUUAAACCACUAUCAUAAAACUGAUGAUAAGUUGCUUUUAAUCCAUAUUCAUCAAAUGCCUCAAUUGCCACCAAUGGGUUUGUCAGGUGCUUUAGUUGCUCAAAGCCUAACCAGAAGUUUCCACGAAAUGGUAGAGGAUAGCAUAAAGGAAAGCAAACAUGCUAUUGCAAAGUUUGAAUCACAGUGCCGUGAACGCAAUAUUAAACAUGAAGUAAUCUUUGAAGAUGAUUUCCAUUCUCCAGGAAAUAUGAUUUGUGAGAUGGCUCAAAAGCACAAAGCUGAAGCUAUCAUCAUGGGUCAGCGGGGGUUGGGCACCAUGAAAAGAUUGCUGUUAGGAAGCACAAGUGAUUAUGUACUGCACCACGCUAAUGUGCCAGUGGUUAUAGUCCCACCUCCCUCCGAAAAUUAGUGUAGUUUAUUUUUUUAUUAAUGUUUUAAUAAAACCAAAUUAAAUUUCUUAUAUAUCUUGGAAAUUUUUUAUGUCUAAUUAUUUUAAAUUAUUAUAUAAUUUACAUAGAGAACGUUUUUGUUUGUAUUGAUGUAAACUUGUAGUAAUUUAAAAUAUUUUUUAAAAAUAAAGUUUUUUUGAAUAGUUCAUGUCAAGUCUUUCGUUA